AUGAUGACACAGACGAAUGCUGUGAAUUCAGCUCCAACGAGAGAGGAGGAGGUGAAUCGAUUCAGGGAGUUACGAGAGAUCUUUGACAAAUUCUUCAAGUGGUUGUUUGGUUUUAUAGCAUUCAAGACCACACCAAUGGGAGAAGCUUUAUUCAUGGCACACCCCAAUGUGAUGAUGGUUAUGGUUUUCAUGAUUGUGCUCUACUUCUUACUCUGGCUGCUGGGAACAAUGCUUCCACAGCGUAGUGGCAUCUUUCUAAUAAUCCUAGUCUGCAUCAUGGUGGUGAUUGCAAGUGUUUCUUCAGUUUUGGUUCUAACCGUUAUAUCUACACUCCUUGCUUGGCUCAGUGUCAUGCCUUAG